AAUUGUAUGCGUACAAUCUUCAGGUCUAAAUCGUACAUUUCCGUAAAUGUUCGGCUACUCGCGAAGAGCGUUCAUUCGGACACUCACUACAUCGGAAUCAGUGGCGUUCGGUAUUACUCGAUAUACGGUUGUCCAUAGUAUUGCUGUGGUUGCUCGGUAUCGCUCAUUUAGUCGUAUUAUAUCCAACGUGUCUUCCGUAAAAAGAAAACAAAGUUUUUAAACAAAAUUCGCGUUUCUAGUUACAAUAAGAAAAAAGAAGAAAAGAAAUCUGAUAAUGUAAUUCGAUGUAACUAUACCCUUUCGUAUUUAUUCAAAAUUGUGCUAAUUUUUGUCGUAAUUCGUAAAUAUCAAAAAGAACCAGACACGAUCAUCGCUUUUUGCUUCGUGGAAGAAAAAGAAAAAGAGGGAGGGAGAGAAAGGGGUCAUCGUUAUAUCAUUUUUAAGUUCGAAGCGUAGAAAGGUGAUACCAAAAUGGCGGAAGCUCAUUCAGCCGUCGCAUUCAGUUUUUCCAUCACCCAUGAAGGUUGGGACGUGAACUUUGACCGAGAGGUAUUAAAUCUCGUUUGGUUGUCAGGUGUACGAUCUUGGAAAAAGAGAUUCUUUAGAUUUAUGAAUAACUUGAAGAGUGGUGUAUAUCCCGCGUCAUUGGGAAGCUUAUGGCUCACCGUUAUUAUUGUUACCGCGAUUCAUUUCGCUGGAUACAAAGUUCCUUACGAUCUCGUUGGUAAAGUUGCACCAUAUAUUUCCGGGUCUUCUAUACUCGCACACAUCGCUGGUUCGUUUGUAAUUAGCGUACUUUUAUGGUUGAUCGUUAUAUACAUCUUACGAUACAUAUUGAAGUUGCUUCUGAUUUAUAAGGGCUGGAUGUACGAGUUAAGAGGGAAAAAUAAAAAACCUUCCAGAAUGACUCAGAUAUGGCUCAUACUCGUAAAACUUCUUUCUGGUUGGCACAAGCCUAUGCUUUAUAGCUUUCAAGGUUCGCUGCCUCGAUUACCUCUUCCUUCGGUAGAGGAUACUAUGAGACGGUACCUCCGUAGUGUCAAACCACUAUUGGACGAUGAUAAUUAUACUCGUAUGGAGAGAUUGGCUAAAGAAUUUCAAAAUGGUAUAGGCGUGAAACUUCAACGAUACUUAAUACUUAAAUCUUGGUGGUCUACCAAUUACGUAUCCGAUUGGUGGGAAGAAUAUGUUUACCUUCGAGGUAGAUCACCGCUCGUUAUAAAUUCUAAUUUUUAUGGAAUAGAUGCUAUUCUCAUGCAUCCUACUACAAAUCAAGCUGCACGUGCUGCUAGUACUAUUCAUUUUUGCUUGCAAUAUAGGCGGCUAAUCGAACGUCAACAACUCGAACCGAUUUUAUUGCAAGGUAUUAUUCCUUUAUGUUCCUGGCAAUAUGAAAGAUUAUUUAAUACUACGAGAAUACCUGGUAUUGAAACAGACAAAAUAAUUCAUUAUCAAGACUCCAAGCACAUAGUUGUAUAUCACAAAGGAAAAUAUUUCAAAGUUCUUAUUUAUUACAAAAAUAGAAUCCUUUUACCUUGCGAAAUAGAAUUGCAAAUUCAACAAAUUUUAAUGGACAAAUCUGAACCAGCAGAAAGCGAAGAUAAACUAGCUGCAUUAACAGCUGGAGAAAGAAAACCUUGGGCAGAAGCCAGAAAUGAAUAUUUUUCGAAAGGAGUAAAUAAAAUUUCUUUAGAUAUAAUUGAAAAAGCAGCAUUCUUUGUUACCUUAGAUGAUAUUCCAUAUGAAUACGACACUGAACAUCCUGAAAAAUUAGAUAAUUAUGGUCAAAUUUUGUUACACGGCAAAGGCUACGAUAGGUGGUUCGACAAGUCUUUUACUUUAUGCAUUGGAAGUAAUGGAAGGAUCGGCUUUAACGCAGAACAUUCUUGGGCAGAUGCUGCGGUGAUGGCACAUUUCUGGGAAUUGUUAAUAUACGAAGAAGCCCACCGAGAGGCUGAUGCACCUGUAAUGGGAUCUCUCUGGGAAUAUGUUAUUGCUAGUACUUUGGAGAUAGGAUAUAAACCAGAUGGAACCAACGCAGGUACUCCAGAAUUUAUACCACCAAUUCCUACCCGACUCCAAUGGGAUUUGUCUUCUAAAUGUAUAGAAUCUAUAAAUCAUUCUAACGAGAUUGUACAGAAAUUAAUAAAUGACAUUGAAUUGCGUAUUUAUGUUCAUGACAAUUAUGGUAAAGGUUUUAUGAAAGCUAGCUCAAUGUCGCCAGAUGCAUACAUACAAAUGGCAUUACAAUUAGCGUAUUAUCGUGAUGCUGGAAAAUUCAAUCUCACUUACGAGGCUUCCAUGACAAGAUUAUUUCGCGAAGGUAGAACAGAAACCGUUAGACCGUGUACCAUUGAAUCCGCUGCAUGGGUCAAAUCCAUGGAAGAUAAAAAUGCAACUCUAGAUGAAAAGUUUAAAUUAUUACAAGCAGCAGGACAACAGCAUCAAAAAAAUUGUCAGGAUGCUAUGUGUGGCAAGGGUAUAGAUAGACAUCUUUUCUGUUUAUACGUAGUGUCAAAAUAUCUUGAAGUAGAUUCUCCAUUUUUGAAGGAAGUCUUAAGUGAACCAUGGCGAUUAUCUACAUCUCAAACUCCGCAUGGUCAAACUUCCAAAUUAGAUUUGAAGAAAUUUCCCAAUUGUAUUUCUGCUGGUGGUGGAUUUGGACCUGUUGCCGAUGAUGGUUAUGGGGUUUCUUACAUUAUUGCUGGAGAAGACGUUAUAUUCUUUCAUAUUUCUAGUAAACGUAGCUCAUUAGUAACGGAUGCGGCUAGAUUUGCACGACAAAUAGAAAAGGCAUUUGCCGAUAUGAAAACAUUGCUUUUGGAGAGGAAGAAAGCUCAACAGCACAAGAAUGGUUCUACAUAAGGAAUCUAUUUAUUAGUGCGUCAAAAGGCUAUGAAGCACACAUCAAAAACUGUUACAAAGUAUAUCAAAAUUUAAUUCCUAAUAUUUUAAAGAGCUCACACUGCAAAGUUAUACUCUUUAUUAUUUUUAUACGAG